AUGGUCCACUCGCGUUCCUUCCAUUCUCUGGAAAGCCUCUCCCUGGCGGAUCGAGUGCUUUUCAACCAGUUCAGCAGAGGACCAAGCGAGUCCGUUCCCUACCAAGUCGUCCACCACGCCUUCGAGUCCAUUGCGGCUGCACACCCCGACGCCACCGCCGUACGACACUACGAUGAUACGUCCAUCACCUACCGCGAGCUCAACCGCCGAGCCAACGUGCUCGCCAACGAGCUCCGGGCUACUUACGGCGUGAGGAAGGGAGAUCGUGUAGUGCUGGUCUACUCCCGGUGUAUUGAAAUGGUCGUCUUCAUCUUGGCUGUGCUCAAGGCUGGCGGUCAAUACGUGCCUCUCGAUGGUGGCAUCAUCCCCGAAGAUACGCUCGGAUACGACAUUGCAGACUCCAACGCACCGGUUGUGUUGUGUCUGCCCAAGUUCCGGGAAAAGGUGCUGCGCAGCCUGCCCUCAGACAGGCGGGACCUGGUGAGGGUAGUGGACCUCGACGGAAACGACUCGUUGUGGAAGCAUGGCAACGCGGGCCAUCCCGGUGUCAUUGUCAAUCCCGAAGAUGGCGCCUACGUUAUAUAUACUUCGGGCACUACCGGCAGGCCUAAAGGCGUGGACGUGAGACAUGAGGGCGUCACCAACACGCUUCUCGUGGAGCCCUCCAGGCUUGGUAUCCGCGUGGGGAAGAACGUGGCCCAACAGUUGAAUGUCGGAUUCGAUAUGUGUGCGUGGGAGAUUCUCGGCACGGUGAUGAAUGGUGGAACACUUCACAUCAGAGGCAGCGGCAACGAUCUCUGGACAGAUUGUUUGCAGCGCGUUGAUACCGUCAUCGCGACACCAUCCGUCGUCCUCAAGCACAUGCCCAGACGCGAAGACUUCCCGAAUAUCAGGACAAUCGCCGUCGGUGGUGAGCCCUGCCCCUUGGCUCUUGCAGAGCAAUGGGCGCCGUACGUCAAGUUCUGGAAUGUCUGCGGCCCAACCGAAAUCAGCAUACUCAACACCGCCCACCUCCACAGGCCGGGCAAGACACUGUCUAUCGGAAAGCCAAACCCCAACACCAACGUAUACAUCCUCGACGAUGAUGAGAACCCCGUACCUAUCGGCGAACCUGGUACUAUGUGGGCUGGCGGUCUAGGGGUGUCCAGAGGUUACCUCAACCUGCCGGAUCUGACCGCACAGAGAUACAGACCCGACAAGUUCACAAAGGACGGUCGUAUGAUGUUCAACACCGGCGACCUGGCCCGCUGGCUCGAGGACGGCAGCCUGGAGCCUCUCGGUCGUAAGGACGACCAAGUCAAGAUCUCCGGCUUCCGCGUCGAGCUCGACGGCGUGUCUCGCGCCAUCGAAAAGUGCCCCGGAGUCGUCAAAGGAUGCGCCCUCAAAAUCGACGAUCGUUUGUGGGGUUUCUACUCGGCUCCUGCGCCGAUCGACGAACCUCAGCUGAAGGCCAUCGUUGGCGAGGGCCAACCCUUCUACGCUGUUCCGACCGUCUGGAAAUACCUCCCUGCCAUCGAACUCACCCCCAACGGCAAGGUUGACAAGCGUGCUCUCCGAGACAUUGCUGCUGGCGCAACCACGGCCCCUCCGCGUCCGCCGCUUCCGCCCAUCGCCACAGCCAUGCCGAUGCCCGAACUGUCCUCCAGCGCCUCGUCCGUCAAGACAGCUGCCAGCCCUUCCAGCGAGGGCGGCCUCACACUCGUCGACUCUCGCACGUUCACCGUUAUCGACUCUCACCGCAAUAUCGAUCUGGAGAAGACGGCUGCCUUCGUCGCAGAGGAGAUCGAGAAGCAGGAUGAGGACUACGAGCUGCCCUCCAAGAAGGGCUUCCAUGGCUGGCGAUGGAUCCGCCACCGCGGACUCAACGCCUACCGAAAGCUCUUCGGCGUCAUCUUCCUCUCCAACCUGGCUGUCUUCGCCCUCCUCCUUUGGGACAGCCGCAACAUGAAUUUCUCCCUGCCCCUGAACCACCUCGCCACCGCAGUCGCCGCAAACCUCCUCGGAGCCGUGCUCCUGCGCCAGGAAUAUGUCGUCAACUUCAUCUUCUGGAUGUGCUCCCGCGUGCCGACCUCGGUACCGCUCUCCAUCCGCAGGCACUUUGCGCGUGUCUACCAUAACGGCGGCGUUCACUCGGGCUGCGCUGUCUCCGCGACGGUGUGGUGGGUUAUCUUCACCGGCGCCGCGACCGGUAACUUCCUUGCCCCCAAGUCGUUGUACUCCAUCAACCUAAUCACCCUCGUUCUCACCUACCUCAUCCUCCUCCUGCUCUCCAUGAUUCUCGUCAUGGCGUAUCCUUCUAUCCGCGCAAAGAUGCAUGAUCAGUUCGAGUGGACGCAUCGCUUCGCCGGCUGGACCGCCCUCGCCCUCGUCUGGGCCCACGUCAUCGCCACCGCCGCAUCCAUGUCCUCCGAACCCCUCGGCCCGACCCUCGUUAAGACGCCUGCUCUUUACCUCGUGGCCGCGACGACCUUGAGCAUCGCGCUGCCAUGGAUGCGUCUCCGCCGUGUAAAGGUCGUUCCUGAGCCCCUCUCCAAGCACGCCGUCCGUCUGCACUUCGACUUCUGCACUCCGCCUCCCUGCACUUCGCGCGGCGUCCGCAUCACCGACCGUCCCAUGGUGGAGUGGCACGCCUUCGCCGCCAUCCCCGAGCCCAGCGGCAAGGGCUUCUCAAUCGUUGUCUCCAAGGCCGGGGACUGGACCAAGCGCAUCAUCGAAAACCCGCCGACCUCGAUCUGGACCCGCGGCACCCCCGCGUCAGGUGUACUGGCUGUCGCGCCACUGUUCAAGAAGAUGGUCCUCGUCGCAACGGGGUCUGGCAUCGGUCCCUGUCUGCCGGUUCUGAUGGAGCGCCGUGUCCCGGCGCGCGUGGUGUGGUCGACGAAGAAUCCGAUCAAGACCUACGGACAAGGUAUCAUGGACACGAUCCUGGCCGCGGAUCCGGACGCGCUGAUCUGGGAUACGGAUCAAAUGGGCCGGCCGAACCUGGUGCAGCUGGCGUACAAUGUCUACAAAGAGAGCGGAGCCGAGUGCGUUGCCAUCAUUUCUAAUGGGCCGACAGUGAAUAAGUUUGUGUAUCAGAUGGAGAGCCGUGGUGUACCAGCCUUUGGACCUAUUUGGGAUUCAUGA